GCUAAACCUGAGUGUCUCCUCCAAGCCACAUCAGCCCCUCAAAUUAUUUCCUUCUGGGCCUCCCCCAGAAAUAAAUUCUUGCUAGAAAUUAUAAAAGACCAGCUCCUCCAAACUGAGAAACUCUCUGGCUGCCACAGAAGCCCAAGGCACUUGGCAGUGAUGAAGGUCCUUCUCCAUCUCUCAGCCCUCCUGAUUUCCCUGCUCUUGCUCCAGGCUGCAACAGCUGCCAUAAGAGGCUGAAAACCGCCAUGAGCUCUGAGACUCCCACCCCCCGACAGCUCUCAGAGUACCUGAAGCAUGCCAAAGGCCGGACGCGCACAGCCAUCCGCAACGGGCAGGUGUGGGAGGAGUCCUUGAAGAGACUGAGGCAGAAGGCGUCCUUGAUCAACAUCACAGACCCCAGCCUGGACUUGACUUCGCUUUCUCAGGAAGUAGGCUGUGGUACCCCUGCUCCCGUGGUGAAAUGCGACCUGAACAGCCCUUACCGCACCAUUACAGGAGAAUGUAACAACAGGGGGAAGCCCGCGCUAGGCGCCGCCAACAGGGCCCUGGCGCGCUGGCUGCCCGCUGAGUAUGAGGACGGGCUCUCCCUGCCCUUCGGGUGGACGCCGGGGAAGACGCGGAACGGCUUCCCUCUCCCGCUGGCCCGCGAGGUGUCCAACAAGAUUGACAGCUAUCUGAAUGAGGAGGGUGUUUUGGACCAAAACACAUCCCUGCUCUUCAUGCAGUGGGGUCAAAUUGUGGACCACGACCUGGACUUUGCCCCUAACACCGAGAUGGGGAGUAGUGAGUACUCCAAAGCCCAGAGUGAUGAGGACUGUAUCCAGGGAGACAACUGUUUCCCCAUCAUGUUUCCGCCCAAUGACCCCAAGGUGAAGACUCAAGGGAAGUGCAUGCCUUUCUUCCGAGCCGGGUUUGUCUGCCCCACUCCACCCUACCAGUCGCUGGCCCGAGAGCAGAUCAACGCUCUGACCUCCUUCCUGGAUGCCAGCUUUGUGUACAGCCCAGAGCCAAGCCUGGCCAGCCGCCUCCGCAACCUCAGCAGUCCCUUGGGCCUCAUGGCUGUCAACCAGGAGGUCUCAGACCAUGGGCUUCCCUACUUGGCCUAUGACAGCAAGAAGCCAAGCCCCUGCGAGUUCAUCAACACCACUGCCCGUGUGCCCUGCUUCCUGGCAGGAGAUUCCCGAGCCUCAGAGCACAUCCUGCUGGCCACUUUACACACCCUGUUUCUCCGUGAGCACAACCGCUUGGCCAGAGAACUGAAGACACUCAACCCUCAGUGGGAUGGAGAGAAGCUCUACCAGGAAGUCCGGAAGAUCUUGGGAGCCUUCAUGCAGAUUAUCACCUUUAGGGACUACCUACCUAUUGUGCUAGGUGACCAGAUGCAGAAGCAGAUCCCCCCAUAUCAAGGCUACAAUGAAUCUGUGGAUCCCCGAAUCUCCAAUGUCUUCACCUUUGCCUUUCGCUUUGGCCACUUGGAGGUCCCCUCUACAGUGUCACGCCUGGAUGAUAAUUAUCAGCCAUGGGGUCCAGAGUCAGAACUCCCCCUGCACACCCUCUUCUUCAACACCUGGAGGAUGGUCAAAGACGGUGGAAUUGAUCCUCUGGUGCGAGGCCUGCUGGCCAAGAAGUCCAAGUUGAUGAAACAGGAUAAAAUGAUGACAGGAGAACUGCGCAACAAGCUUUUUCAGCCAAUGCACAGAAUCCAUGGCUUUGACCUGGCUGCUAUCAACAUACAGCGUGGCCGGGACCAUGGGCAGCCUGGGUACAACUCCUGGAGAAGCUUUUGCGACCUCUCACAGCCAAAGACCCUGGAGGAGUUGAAGGCUGUGCUGAAGAAUGAGAGGCUGGCCAAGGAGUUGCUGAGUCUCUAUGGGACUCCUGACAACAUUGACAUCUGGGUAGGGGCCACUGCUGAGCCCCUGGUAGAAAGGGGCCGGGUGGGGCCUCUCCUGGCCUGCCUCCUGGGCAAGCAGUUCCAGAAGAUCCGCGAUGGAGACAGGUUCUGGUGGGAAAACCCUGGGGUCUUCACGAAGAAACAGCAAGACUCUCUAAGGAAAAUAUCCUUCUCACGCAUUGUCUGUGACAACACCCACAUCACUAAGGUCCCACAGAAUCCAUUCCAGGCCAACAGCUACCCCCAUGGCUUUGUGGAUUGCUCAGCUAUUGACAAGCUGGACCUGUUGCCCUGGGCCUCAGUGGAGAAUUAAGGGUCUGGGCUCCAAGGCCUCCCAUGCUGAGCAGAAGAGCUCCCUUUGGUGGACAACACCAUUUCAAGCAAGUCCAAUGACCCGGUCCUUUAGAACUUCACACCCCAGUCCUAGCUCUUCCUUCCCUCCAAAAGCUUCUCUAUACCCUCCAGACAAACAGCUGGCUCA